AUGUCAGCAGACGAGGAGAAGAAAAUAAUAGACAACGCUGAGGAGGAAGAGGAGGAUGAGGAGGAAACGAACAACCCGCAAGCUCAGGCGGUAGAUGGCGAAGGAGCAGCCAAGAAGAAGAAGAAGAAAAAGAACAACAACAAGAAGAAAAAGAAGGCAACAGCGCAAUCAGAGCCACCUCGCGUAGGCAUUACGAAGCUCUUCCCCAAUGGCAGUUAUCCUGAGGGAGAGAUACAGGAAUAUUCCGGCGAAAACUCGUACAGAACGACAUCAGCUGAGAAGAAGGAAGCUGAGAAGCUGGCGAUGGCAGAUCCCGUAAAGACAUACAGCGAUAUACGUAGAGCUGGUGAGGUGCAUCGUCAAGUACGCAGCUACGUCCAGCGCAGUGUCAAGCCUGGAAUGUCAAUGACAGAGAUUGCAGAGAUGGUCGAAGACGGAACACGGGCGUGUGUUGAAGAGGAUGGCCUCAACAGUGGCGUUGGUUUCCCUACCGGCGUCAGUCUGAAUGAUUGCGCUGCGCACUACACACCCAAUGCGGGUGAUAAGACUGUUCUCAACGCAUCAGAUGUACUCAAAAUUGAUUUCGGCGUUCACGUCAACGGUCGCAUCGUUGAUUCGGCAUUCACGCUCAACUUUGAACCAACUUAUAACAAACUCCUCGAAGCUGUCAAGGCUGCGACUAAUACAGGUAUCAAAGUCGCUGGUAUUGAUAUGCGUUUGGGCGAUAUAGGCGCUGAAAUACAAGAAGUCAUGGAGAGCCAUGAGGUUGAAGUGAAUGGGACGACGUACCCAGUGAAGGCUAUCCGCAACCUCUGUGGCCACUCUAUCGAUAAAUAUAAAAUCCACGGCGGGAAAUCCGUCCCGAUUGUGAACAACGGUGAUCAAACUAAGAUGGAAGAAGGGGAGUACUACGCUAUUGAGACGUUCGGUAGUACCGGAAGAGGUUACGUCAGUGACCAAGGUGUUUGCUCGCACUAUGGACGUAACAAGGACGCGCCUCACGUACCACUACGCACACAAUCAGCAAAAUCAUUGUUAAAGGUGAUUGACAAGAACUUUGGUACGCUGCCAUUCUGCCGUAGAUAUCUCGAUCGGAUUGGAGAAUCGAGGUAUUUACUCGCAUUGAACAAUCUUGUGGAUGCCGGUAUCGUGAAUGACUACCCACCUUUGCACGAUAUUAAGGGUAGCAUGACAGCACAAUUUGAGCACACCAUCUUGCUUAGACCGACAGUUAAAGAGGUUGUGAGUAGGGGAACUGACUAUUAG